AUGAGUGCACAGAGGAGACUGGACGCCGUGACUGGCCACCUCUCUUCCUCCACUCAAUCCCCUGCUCUCGAGAAAAUCCUCGAAAAGAACCUUGAUGAUAUUGUAAUAACAUGCGCCACCCGUACACCGCUCACCAAAGCCCGCAAAGGCGGCCUCAAAGACACCCCUACCGAAGAACUCAUCGUCCACGUUCUCCGCGCCAUCAAGGACAAAUCCCAAAUUGACCCCAGCGUGGUCGAGGAUGUCUGUGUCGGUAACGUUCUUCAACCCGCUCCCGGCUUCAUUGCUCGCAGCGCCGUCCUCGCCGCGGGCUUCCCCGUCUCCACCGCCGCCAAUGUCGCCAGUCGGUUUUGCUCUUCGGGUUUGCUAUCCAUUCAAACUGUCGCCAGCGCCAUUGCCGUAGGUGCUAUCGAAGUCGGUAUUGCGGUUGGUUGUGAAAGCAUGUCGGCCAACGACGACAAACCUCCUCCAAUGAGCGACAUGAUCAUGCGCCAUCCCAUUGCCAAAGACAACGUGAUGCCCAUGGGCUGGACCUCCGAAAACGUGGCCCGAGACUUCAAAAUCACCCGCGAAGCCCAAGACCAAUUGGCUGAAAUGUCACAUAAGCGGGCCGAAGCCGCUCAACGCGAAGGCUGGACGAAAGAUGAAAUCACUCCCGUCACUACCAAAUGGAUCGAUCCCCAAACCAAAGUGUCCAAAACCAUCACCGUCGACCAAGACGACGGCAUCCGACCGGGAACCACGUAUGCCGGCCUCUCUAAAAUCCGCUCUGCGUUCCCCCAAUGGGGUCCCACAACUACAGGGGGCAAUGCUUCACAAAUCACCGACGGCGCCGCAGCUGUGUUGAUGAUGAAACGGUCCACGGCCCAGAAACUCGGCCAACCUAUCAUCGCCAAAUACGUCAAGAGCACAACGGUCGGUCUGGAGCCGCGCAUCAUGGGUAUCGGACCUACCCUAGCCAUUCCCAAGAUCUUGAAGCUCACGGGCUUGAGUGUUGAGGAUGUGGAUCUCUUUGAGAUCAACGAGGCUUUUGCUUCCAUGUAUGUCUACUGCGUCGACGAACUCGGUCUGGAUAUCAACAAAGUCAAUGUCAGAGGCGGUGCUAUUGCGAUUGGCCAUCCUCUCGGUUGCACAGGAACACGACAAGUCGUGACGGUUCUCUCAGAACUACGACGUCGCCAGGCCAAAGUGGCUGUGACUAGCAUGUGUGUCGGCACUGGUAUGGGUAUGGCGGGAGUCUUCAUCAAUGAAGCAUAG